AUGCAUCGGCUGGCCGCCUUUUGCUUCCUGCUCACGUUGCUGGCUCCAGGCAAUGCCAUCUUCUGCCACAACUGCACCAGCACUACAAGCUAUAACUGCACCACGGACCAGCAAAAAUGCAGCUCCACUGUCAACAGCUGCAUCACCAUUGCCCGGGAUGAGGAUACAGGGGAUCUGGAUAUAGAAAACCCAGUUUAUGAGAAAAAGUGCAAUUCGGAUGACCGCCUCUGCAACCAGUUCUAUGGGUUGGUGGCGGGGGAUUUUCGCAUGCGCUGGAACUCCAGCUGUUGCCGUGCUGACCGCUGCAUCACCAAGGAAAUUAUUGUACAAAAGGCAUCUUUGGAGCCUAACGGGGUUCGUUGCAAUUCAUGCUUCGCCCGUGGCACUAAUGUGUGCCUGAACAAAACCGAGGUGGCCUGCACUGGGCGCCUGGUACACUGUAUCCACUUUGUCACCACUGCGAAGAAAGAGGAAUUCAAGGACGAGCAGGUGGCCUUUACAGGAUGUGCCACCAAGAACAUGUGUGACAUGGGAGCUGUGGCGCUCUUCGCUGCAGGCCGCAACGUCAACGUCAAGAACAAUAUGUGCAGUGGUGCACCGGGAGUCCCCUGCCAAUGUAGCCUGACUAUAUUUGUCCUGGCAGGAUUGUUCUUCCUUGCCUUUUGGUCCUGAUUGUUCUUCAUAUCACUCC